AUGGCUGCCGAGUCUGCCCGAAGCGCUGGACCUCCGCCGCCGCCAACGUACUGGGGUUUUCAGGAGUUCUAUCAAGCCGAACCUCCCGUCAACUUCUUCAAGCAUGUCCCUCCCGAUUCCCUAGCACUAUUCUCCACGGAGAGAGGUAAGCGGCAGUUCAAGGCUGUCGCCAAUCCCGACUGGAAACGAACUUGCUAUGCGUGGCCUGCGGAGAAGAUCGCACAUGUCUGCCACAGCAUUCGGCAGGAGUUUCCAGCAGAGUCCAAGUAUCUUCGACCUAUUCGUUCCUACUGCGAUCUGUACAACUAUUGGGACGCACACGACAUUUACCACUACGGGGCUCAGAACCUGAACAACAUCAUCAACCGCAUGAUCCAAGAGAAUGAGUAUUUUCUUCCUGAACUGUGCGAGGGUGCGAGGCCAGAAUUCGAGGGCUGGGUCAACCAGAUGCUUGCAGACUCGAGGUUCGAGCAGAGACUGAAGAUCUGGAACGACCCGGUCUCGAGCGACAUUCUGAGCACGAUAGACUAUGCGCGCCAGGCCGAGCUUAAUGAUCUCGAGAGCUUCUACUUGCCUGUCUUGCGUGAAGUCUUGUGGAAAAAGCAUGUCUCGCUACAGAAUCGCUCGCCAGUCCUCUCGCAGUUGAAAUUGCAUGGACAAGCCAGCUCGCCAACCAGUGACAAUGCUUCCAAUACUUCCGCCGCGGUCAAGUCGCAGACUUCUAAGAGACCACUUGUCGUGGAUGGGACAUCAGCAAGUGCAGCCCGCCGACGCCAGAACAAUUCGUGGCUAACAGACUAUGCAAUGAAGAACCUUCCCAGCCAUGCUCCUCAUCAUGUCCAGCUUGGCCUGACCCGCGCAAAAGCUGGGCUCGUUCCUCUUACCUUCGCCGAGAUCCCUCCUCGCCCAGAGCAUGGAGGCUUUCCUUUGAGCACCUCGCACAACGUGCCCUUCUCAACUCCUCGGCCUCAUCAGACUCCCCUUCAUCAGAACACUUUGAGCUCGACCCAGCGCCACAGUCGCACUCCAUCUGCUUCACAUGCUUGGCAGGCCCGACUAAGCUCUAGAUCUGUCACUACGCCCCAUUCUGGCUACCAAACGCCAUUCCUGCCGGCUGGUCUUUCCACUGCCGGGCCCCGACCACUGCCAAACCCGCCGCAAAGGCAGCCGGGUCAAUCGACGCCUCGCGACGUCUCAAGCUCCGUGACAGCGCACCCAGUCGCACCUAUUGUGGCUGCGUACGGCCCUGGCCCGAGCGAGUUUCCUGUCCAAGUCGGGCGCUUUCCAAGCGACUCCCAGUCUUCACAGCCGCGAUCCUCUCCUGCGCCGUAUCGUCGUGAUGCCAGUGGUGCAGACGGGCGAUGGCAGGCCAUUGGAAACGACAACCUCCACGGAGUCAAGCACGCGUUCAGCAAGAAGCGCAACGGAUCGAACGUCACGUCUAGCCGCGGAAGUCUCUCGUCAGCUCGACACAACAGCAUCAACGAUGCGAAUCACCAGUUCCAUAGGCGCAGCAGCACCCACUAUCACGACUGUGUGAACGUGGGUCGUACCAUGGACGAGCGCUUUGGCGUGUGCCAAUGCGUCAAGUGUGAGGCGUUAUCUCGAACCAUCUUGGUCACCCUUGAUCUUGCUCCGCACAAUUUUGGGAAGAGCCGGACCCAGUCUCCGAGGUUCGCUGAGGAUGGACCUGCGAAAUUACACGAGAUUUUCUCGAGAUUUGGCGACAUUGAGGACAUCGAUAUUUUUCCUUCCAGAGAUUCUGCCGAAAUCAGAUUUCUAGCACCCGGCUCGAACCACGUCGCGAUCUCGGAGACCAACAAAGACUUCCAGCCUCUGUUCAACAGGGAGCUGAAUGUAUACUAUCCCUAUGACUCGUAUCACAACAAGAACAAACCCGCACGGCCAGACUCCAACUUUGUCACCGCGGGCUUUCCCAACAGUGCUUCCGGCAAAGGAACUUCGGCCAAAGCGAGCCCAGCGUCUUGCUCAUUCACUGCAGAAGAAUCGCUCGUUCCGCUUACCCAGAGACAAACUUCGAAGUCAAGUAACGGCCAAUCUUUCUCCUCGUCUGAUACCCUCGCCAACAGCAAGAUCGACUCACCAAAAGUGCUGAGCCCUCAGCCUCCUACUGAUGUGUCAACAACAGAAGGAGGAGGAAAUUGCACGGACAAAGGUGAAGCAACGUCUUCCGAUGCGGCCCAAGCCUCGAAGCAGCCCUCCGGGUCUACGACGGUGUCAAAAGGCAAGUAUCUUGAGAAGAAGCUGAAUACGCCGUUGCCCAAGAGCGUGGGGCCUUCCAUGAGCACCGCCUCUACUACUCAGGCAGCUACGUCGAUCGCUCCGAGCACUACUUCUUCCACCACUACCGCGGACAGAAAGGCGAAGACCAAAGCGUCUAAGAAAGGCAAGAAGAUCCAGUCGGCUCCGCAGCCGGACGCCACGCCCGAGCGCAAACAGACUAGGAGCACUGCAGACAGAUCAGCUUAG